AUGUCGUUGGCACCUUUACAAACCGUUAAUGAGAAACGAUUGAAUAAUCGUUCCAAUUUAGUUCAUACCCCAGUGAAGGGUGCUAACGCAAAUAACAAUGCAGGCGUUGGGAUUGGUGUAAGUGCCGGUUUAGAUGGUAAAGAAAAUCAUAGAAGUGGUAGUCAUCAUCAUAACUACCAAAAUAACAAUAAUAACAAGCGAGUAGAGCCUCAUGGUCAACCACCCCAGAAGAAGAAAAAAGAGAAAUUAUCAGCACUUUGUAAAACCCCUCCCUCUUUGAUCAAGACUCGCGGUAGAGAUUAUCAUCGGGGACAUUUUCUUGGUGAGGGUGGAUUCGCUCGUUGUUUCCAAAUCAAAGAUGAUAGUGGUAAAAUCUUUGCCGCUAAGACUGUGGCUAAACUUUCCAUCAAGACAGAAAAGACUAGAAAGAAAUUAUUAUCUGAGAUACAAAUUCACAAGAGUAUGAGACACGCGAAUAUCGUACAAUUCAUUGACUGUUUUGAAGACGAAACAAACGUUUACAUUCUACUUGAAAUAUGUCCCAAUGGGUCUUUGAUGGAAUUGUUAAAGAAAAGGAAGACUUUAACGGAACCAGAAGUUAGAUUUUUCACAACACAAAUUUGUGGUGGUAUUAAAUAUAUGCAUUCGAGGAGAGUUAUACACAGAGAUUUGAAAUUGGGUAAUAUCUUCUUUGACAAAAAUUAUAAUCUGAAAAUUGGUGAUUUCGGUUUAGCAGCUGUUCUGGCAAAUGAUAGAGAAAGGAAAUAUACCGUUUGUGGUACACCAAACUAUAUUGCACCGGAAGUGCUGAUGGGUAAACAUUCAGGUCAUUCCUAUGAAGUUGAUAUAUGGUCCAUUGGUGUUAUGAUCUAUGCUUUACUGAUUGGGAAGCCACCUUUCCAGGCCAAGGAUGUUAACACCAUCUAUGAAAGAAUCAAGUGUUGUGAUUUUGUGUUUCCAAAGGAGAAAUAUAUAUCUUCAGAAGCAAGGAUCUUAGUUCAGGAUCUGCUAUCCCUUGAUCCACUAGAAAGACCUUCUAUAAUGGAAGUUCUUGAUUAUGUAUGGUUCAGAGGAAUCUUCCCACCAUAUAUCCAAUCAGAUGUGAUGACUGAAGUUCCAGACUAUGAAAAGAAAAUUACAAUGCAAGAAUCAAUGGUUAAUUUCAGAACUUGUAUGGAAAGAUCAGGACUUAUCGAUAAUACUGAGAGUUAUAAAAACUCUAACGAUGUUAUACCAUUUGAUAAUAUCGAGAUGUCUAAUCAACAACGUCAAACGAUCCUACCAAAUUCAUUAUCACCAGGUGGAACAAGGAACAAGUACAAAGAAGUUGUGGAUCUUGAAGCACAAAGAAGACUCAAUGAUCUGGCGCGCGAAGCUCGCCUACGUAGAGCUCAACAGGCAACUAUCAAAAAGGAUCUUGUGGCUACAUCAACCAACCUAAUAAAAUCAGAAAUAUCCCUCAGGAUACUUGCCAGUGAGUGUCAUUUAACCUUGAAUGGUAUAUUAGAAGCUGAAGCGCAGAAAAGAAUGGGUGGUUUACCUCAAUCGAGAUUACCAAAAAUCAAGCAUCCAAUUGUGGUCACCAAAUGGGUUGAUUAUUCGAAUAAGCACGGUUUUUCGUAUCAGCUCUCCACUGAGGAUAUCGGAGUUCUAUUCAAUAAUGGUACAACCGUGCUGCGAUUAGCUGACGCGGAGGAAUUCUGGUACAUUAGUUACGACGACAGAGAAGGUUGGGUGGCUAGUCACUACCUGUUGACAGAGAAGCCUCGUGAACUGACAAGACAUUUAGAAGUGGUAGAUUUUUUCUCCAAGUACAUGAGAGCUAAUCUGAGUAGAGUGUCAACAUUUGUCAGAGAGGAAUAUCAUAAGGAUGAUGUUUUCCUAAGAAGGUACACGAGAUAUAAACAAUUUGUUAUGUUCGAGCUGAGUGAUGGAACUUUCCAGUUUAAUUUUAAAGAUCAUAACAAGUUGGCCGUCUCAGAAGGUGGUAAAUUGGUUACAUAUAUCUCGCCAUCACAUGAAAGUCUAACUUACCCCUUGGUCGAACUGUUGAAGAUCGGAGAGAUACCAAACUAUCCUGAUUGUAAUUUUAUGGAAAAAUUAGCUUUAAUCAAGGAAGGUUUAAAACAAAAAUCUUCAGUGGUCACAAUAGAACAAAACCAAACGUGA